UUCCUCUCUUCCAGGACCCUGAAGCUUCUUUUGGCUCCUUGACUCCUCAGGAAGGAUGAACGAGACGGAUCCGGCAAAGCUAGUGAGGAUGGAAGGGGGAAGAUGGACGGUUGACCUGGUCAGGUUGUCUCCCGCAUCCCUCCCCACAACCUCUGAGCGUUCCCUCCCAGGGACCUCCGAGAGAUCUGAUGAGGCAUGGACGUUGCAGGAUCUUGAGCAGAGAGCUCUGCAUAAGGAAGUCAAGGAGGAGAAUAAUGGGAUCAUGGACCCUCUUGAUGGUGAAGAAUUGGAAGGGAAGAACAAGGGGGACCAGAACAGAAUCCACAUAGCAGAGAAGUCAUAUAAAUAUUCAGAGUGUGGAGAGAACAUCCGUCAGAGCUCCCAGUCCACCUCCCAUCAAAGAAAGAGCUUCGUUAGGAGGGAUAGCUUCACUUCACACGAAAGAACAAAGAGUAGGGAGAAAUUGUAUCACUGCAAAGAAUGUGGAAAGAGCUUCAGUCACAGUCACCAUCUCACUUCCCAUCAAGGAAUUCAUAUAAAGGAGAAACCUUAUCAGUGCUUAGAGUGCAGAAAGAGCUUCAAUUGGAAGGAUAGUCUCAUUUCCCAUCAAAGAAUUCCUACAGGAGAUAAACCCUAUCAGUGCUUGGAGUGUGGGAAGAGCUUCAGUAGGAAAAAUCAUCUCACUUCCCAUCAAACAAUUCAUACACAUGAGAAACUCCAUCAGUGCUUGGAGUGUGGAAAGAGCUUCAGUCAGAGGGUGAAUCUUGUUUCCCAUCACAGAAUUCAUACAGGGGAGAAACCAUAUCAGUGCUUGGAAUGUGGGAAGAGCUUCAAUAAAAGGGCACAUCUCACUUCCCAUCAAAGAAUUCAUACAGGGGAGAAACCCUAUCAGUGCUUGGAAUGUGGAAAGAGCUUCAGUCACAGCCACCAUCUGACUUCCCAUCAAAAAAUUCAUACAGGGGAGAAACCCUAUCAGUGCUUGGAAUGUGGAAAGAGCUUCAGCAGGAAGGAUCAUCUCAUUUCCCGUCAAAGAAUUCAUACAAAGGAGAAACCAUAUCAAUGCCUGGAAUGUGGAAAGAGCUUCAGUCUCAGGCACAGUCUCACUUCCCAUCAAAGAGUUCAUACAGGGGAGAAACCCUAUCAGUGCUUCGAAUGUGGAAAGAGCUUCAGUCAGAGCUCCAAUCUCUCUUCGCAUCAAAGAAUUCAUACAAAGGAGAAACCAUAUCAAUGCCUGGAAUGUGGAAAGAGCUUCAGUCACAGGCACAGUCUCAAUUUGCAUCAAAAAGUUCAUACAGGGGAGAAACCAUAUCAGUGCUUCGAAUGUGGAAAGAUUUUCAGGAAGGGGUCUCAGCUCUCUUCCCAUCACACAAUUCAUACAGGGGAGAAAGCUUUUCAAUGUCAUGAGUGUGGAAAGAGUUUCACUCGGAAGGACAGUCUCACUUCCCAUCAUAGAAUUCAUGCAGGGGAGAAACCGUAUCAGUGUAUGGAAUGCGGAAAGAGCUUCACUCACAGAGCUGGUCCCGUGUCCCAUGAAAGAUUCCAUACAGGGGAGAAACCAUAUGAGUGCUUGGAGUGUGGAAAGAGGUUCAGCUGGAAGACAAAGCUCACUUCCCACCAAAUGAUUCACACAGGGGAGAAUCCCUAUCCAUGCUUGGAAUGUGGAAAGAGCUUCACUCGGAAGGACCGUCUCACUUCCCAUCAUAGAAUUCAUACAGGGGAGAAACCCUAUCAGUGCUUGGAAUGUGGAAAAAGCUUCAGUCGGAAGGAUGCUUUCACUUUCCAUCAAAGAAUUCAUACAGGGGAGAAACCCUAUCAGUGCUUGGAAUGUGGGAUGAGGUUCAAUCGGAAGGACCGUCUCACUUCCCAUCAAAGAAUUCAUACAGGAGAGAAACCCUAUCAGUGCUUCGAAUGUGGGAAGAGCUUCAGUCAAAGUGCAUAUCUCACUUCCCAUCAAAGAAUUCAUACAGGGGAGAAACCCUAUCAGUGCUUCGAAUGUGGGAAGAGCUUCAGUCAAAGUGCAUAUCUCACUUCCCAUCAAAGAAUUCAUACAGGGGAGAAACCCUAUCAGUGCUUCGAAUGUGGGAAGAGCUUCAGUGAAAGCACCAAUCUCACUUCCCAUCAAAGAAUUCAUACAGGGGAGAAACCCUAUCAGUGCUUGGAAUGUGGGAUGAGGUUCAAUCGGAAGGACCGUCUCACUUCCCAUCAAAGAAUUCAUACAGGGGAGAAACCCUAUCAGUGCUUCGAAUGUGGGAAGAGCUUCAGUCAAAGUGCAUAUCUCACUUCCCAUCAAAGAAUUCAUACAGGGGAGAAACCCUAUCACUGCUUCGAAUGUGGAAAGAGCUUCAGUGAAAGCACCAAUCUCACUUCCCAUCAAAGAAUUCAUACAGGGGAGAAACCCUAUCAGUGCUUCGAAUGUGGGAAGAGCUUCAGUCAGGGGAUCCAUCUCACUUCCCAUCAAAGAAUUCACACUGAGGGACAACCAAAAAGGAAAAAAGGAAAAAUUAUUAAACAACCCUUACAAAACACAAGUGUAUAAAAAAGAGAAGGGGGGAGAAUAACUAAAAAUACCCUUUAUCACCUUU